CUUAUUCUCAACACAAUAAUAUGGAAAACAAUGUUAUUAUUAUUACUGGUACAAACUCCCCUUCAGGCAUUGGAUGGGCUACUGCUAUAGAAAUUGCGAAGAAACAACCCAAGGCUAUCUAUGUAACAGAUAUUCGUGAUGACCAAUUGCAUGUGUUAGCUCAAACAUUACGUGAACAAUAUAAUGUGGAUGGUAUUGCAAGGAUAGUGGAUGCUUCUUCUUCUGAACAAGUCAAGGCUGUCGUGGAUGAAGCUAUCAGUACUUAUGGGCGACUUGACGUAUUCUUUGCCAAUGCUGCCAUUGUUUCACUAGCUCGUCUUCAUGAAGAAACAAAGACUGAUUUUUUGAAAACUAUGGAAGUCAAUACUUGGAGUGUCUUUACUGCUAUUCAAUAUGCUUCUACCGCUAUGGAAAAAACAUCAGAAACCAAAAAAGUAAGUGGUGGUUCCAUUAUUGCCACUUCUUCUAUUGCUGCAUACCGAUCAGGUGCAGGUCCUAUUUCCUAUGCUGCCUCUAAAGCUGCCAUUUUAAGUCUUGUGAAACUUGCUGCCUGGGAACUCAAAGAGAAGAAUAUCAGAGUCAAUGCCGUUUGUCCUGGAUUUAUUGCCACAGAUUUAACUGUACCUGCCAUCAAGGCUUUGGAUAAAAUUGAUCCUGAUGCCGCUACUAGACAAAAUCCUUUGGGAAGAUUUGGUGUACCCACUGAAAUCGCGACUACUGUGGCCUUUUUGGCAAGUCUUGAAUCUUCAUUCAUUAAUGGUCAGGAUAUCAAGAUUGAUGGUGGAUUCGGUGCCUCCUAUAGAUACGUUCCUCUCUUCGGUGAUGCAUAGAAAUACCCUCUUGUCUAGUUGAUCUUUUUUUUUUUUUU